AUGGCUGGAGAUUCAGCCAAAAAUAGUACUGGCAACGAAGUCAAUGGGUCAUCUACGAAUUUGGAUAAUCCGUCAGAGUCACAGGCGGGAAUUUUUCCUAGGGAGUCUGUGUCACAGGCCCUGCCGGAGUCUUUAGUCGCACCUCAACAUGGGGUCUUUAUGCAAACUGUGCGAUGCAUUAGCCUAGUAAUUUUUUUUAUUGUAAGCUCAGUGUGUAUAUAUGGGACACAGCUUGUUGGCUAUCCUAUCAAAUAUGUGUCGGAGCCAUUUUUUCAUGCGUGGGUGGAUUUCACGAAACAGUCAUUUGGGCUUCUUCUGGUGGUUGUUACUCAAUAUUGGACGCCAGUGAAAGUGACUGUCAGCGGAGACAAGUCUGUGAAAGGUAUUUUUUCUCUUGAUGAGAAAUCUUUACUUCAAACUAAGAUCCCUGAUAGGGCAAUUGUUAUUUCUAAUCACCAGCUCUACUCUGAUUGGGUUUUCUUAUGGUAUAUUGCCUAUACCGCCCGUGCCCAUGGUGGCAUUUAUAUCAUGUUGAAAGACUCGCUUAAAAAGAUCCCUAUCUGGGGCUGGGGCAUGCAAAUAUAUGGGUUUAUUUUUUUGAAUAGAAAGUGGUCACAAGAUGAACAGGUGCUAACUUCGGGCCUACAACGUAUCAAUAACGAGAGCGAUUGGCCGGCCUGGCUGACCCUGUUUCCGGAGGGUACUACAUUUAGUCGCAAUGGAGUACGGAAGUCUACGGAAUAUGGAAAAAAAGCAGAUCUCGAAAUCCCUCGCCAUGUUCUCCUCCCACGAGUUCGGGGAUUGCGAAAAUCAUUAUUAGAACUGGACACCUCGAUUGAAUAUCUUUAUGAUGCUACCAUUCACUAUUCAGGUAUACCUAAGGGGGUGUAUGGUGAAGACUUCUUCACUUUACGUAAUAUGUAUCUUCGUGGUAUCAGUCCAUCACGAAUUGUGAUGUACUGGAGAAGAAUUGCCAUCAAAGAUAUUCCAUAUCAAGACGAGAAGGAAUUUGAACAGUGGACUUUGAAGUUCUGGUAUGAAAAAGACCAAAUGCUAGAUAACUUUACCACUAGUGGUAAGUUUGCCGAUGAUUCUCCCGAUGAGGUCGAUCCACCUGUGACUGCUGAUGUCAAACUUGAGUCUCCUUUCCAGGCAUUCCAGAUCUUUAGUGUACCUCUAAAUAUCCUACUUAUUCUCAACAUUAUUCGGCUUAAUUACUCACGGUUUUUUUCAUAG